ACCGACCAGGGGUCUGUCCAUCUGUCACUAAGCCUUCAGAGAGACAGGGAGUGAUUUGGUUUAGAUAUAAGGUGCAAAAGCGUGUCAGACUCUUUCAUCCAUCCUUUCCUAACGCAUGCUCGUGCACCUUGUUUACGCCAUCAUGACGCACACCGCUUCUCUUCUUUGGCUCAUUUUAACAUCAUCACUCCUCACAUGGACCUCCACAGAAGCGUCGAUCUCCUGUAUUUGGACUAAAGUUUCGUCUGGUGAAGAAGUGCACUACAGUUUCCUCCGCAGCGACCCCCGGCAGGCCUCUCCAUCCCUGCGCCUGUACCACACUGUCUGGUCCCCGGGGCGCGCACUGCUCGGCUGCUCCUGGAGCGACCACGACGCGCUCGUCCACAAUUAUGUGUCUCUGUGCAGGGAACGUCCACACGAGUUUUCGGAUCGUCUCGAUAAUAGUUUGACUUUUGACUCCAUGUUUGACUGGGAUGAGCUGUGCGUGUCUGUGGAGUCUGCAGUGACGGCUGCGCGGACAGAGCGCACCGUCAAGACGCGCACCGUGAGAAGUGCUGGUCCCGAAGAUGGAAGGUCAGAGGUCAAGACGCACCGUCGUGUUAAGCGCGGUUUUAUUGUCCCUGGAACACUGUGGUGCGGCUCUGGCAACAAGGCACCAUCAUACACAGAUUUAGGAGUUUUUGAAGACACAGACAGGUGCUGCCGGGAACACGACCAGUGCAAAUACACCAUCCUGUCGUUUCACUCACAGUUCGGCGUCUUUAACACCAACAUCUUCACCAUGUCUCACUGUGACUGUGACAACAAGUUCCGCAGUUGUUUAACAGAAGCAAACGACAGCAUUUCUGAUGUAGUUGGAUACACCUUCUUCAACCUGCUGAAGAUGCACUGCUUUGAGUUCUCCCACAAACUCCAGUGCACACAGAGGAACUGGUUUGGAAUGUGUAAAGAGACCAAAAUGGCUCUGUACGCUGAGGUACAUCCUCCCAUCCUCUAUGAGUCGGUCAGUCCAACAGAGGCUGCCGUCAUCAACGCCAACACCUCCUCACCAGCUCAAGACUUUGACACAAUCCACCCCCUCCUGUUCUCCAAUGCCGCUGCAGCCUCUACUGUCCCCACACUUAUGACGGGUGCACCCCCUGCCUCCAUCACACCCCACACCCAUGUCAGCACCACCACAAAAAUAAACACACCUGAUGAUCUGGACAACACAUUACCUCCCAAAGAGGAGAAGUCAUGUGAUGUGUACAAGGAUCUAGAUGAAUGCAGGAGCAAAAUCCUUCCCCUGCAGAAGAGAUACGGCCUCUGCAAUCCUGAGCCCCGGACCAUGUACCACUGCAACUGCACCAGCAGAUUAUUCCAGACUUUGGCUAAACAGGCACAACUGACCGAAGUGCAGGCUGUUUUGUUAGAACACGUGUCUCUGUCCUGCUUCCUGCCGCAGGAUUGCACAUCGGGCAGAACCUGUACAGCAGUUUUGGUGAGAGCAGAGCUUCCUCAGGUGGAGCAAAGGGGCGAUGCAGACGUGGAGGAGCAGCACCAUCUACAGGCAGUCAGACUGAAGGUCAGGAGGCCGAACCUUACAAGGGCAAAAAGGAAAGACGGAGCUGUCAGACUACACAAACUGUGUCGCAGGAUGGUCCUACCCAAACUAAACAAGAGGAAACAUCUAAAAGACACACAACAGCCAGCUGUAUGAAAGAAGGCACUGGUCUGAGGGUGAAGAUUAAAGAGACCCAAAGUGUUUAAUAUUAAAUAAAUGAAAAAGACGCUAAGAAAUACAUCCCCUUAGAGCUCAGAGCAGGUCAUUUUUGUUUUAAUUCUGCAGUUUUUAUUGAAAAUGUUCUGCUGAAAAGGCUCUAGCUUUUCAUUUUGUAUAAUCACCUCAAACUAUGAAUUAUUAUGUUUUUGUCACCUUAGAACAGGGGUGCCAAACUCAUUUUUGUUCAGGGGCCACAUUU